AUGGCACCUAGUCGCACAGGAGAAUCAGCGUAUUCUCGAGAUCAAUGGCGGGCUAUACACCCGAUAUUUCACAACAUAUACAUCGACCAAGGCUACAGCUUGGAGAAGACUUUAAUGGCAUUGGAGUUGAUCUACCAUUUCAAAGCAACCGAAGACGCAUUCAGAAACCAAAUAAAGAGGAAUUGGCGGGAUUGUGCAAAGAACAACAGAGUAGCCCGUGGAAAUCGAACAAGACCAAGUAGCAUUGCGGCAAUAUUUCCUGACUUACCAGACUACAUAGCUGGCUUAGUUGCUGGUACGGUUCCUCGGUCACUUUCCUUUCAAUGCUUCCAACAUCAUUUUCAGGUGCUUCAUUCACUUGACAAGUACAUUAAAGGCUUCUUUGACACCUAUCCUUCACGACUUGCGCAGCAGAACAAUGGCACCAUCCAAGAUGCAAACGUUGCUGAGAAGGAAGAACGUGAACAGAAACCAGCCAUUGCUGGCAGAUGGUGCCGUGCUUUGAGCCUUUGCCGAGAGAUCUCAAUACUGCCUCAGAAGAAAAAGGAUUUCAUAUUUUCAAGCAACCUAGUCAAGGACAAGUUGGAUAAAAAGGCCUUGAAGCAAAAAGGCGUGCAGGAAAUGCAGGAAAUCAUCACCAAUAUCCUCAAAGAAAACGUCUUCACCCGAGUGGAGGUGAAUGAGAAGGAAUCAACCCCCAAGGACCUACCUGCGCUAUGGAACGUUUGUCGCCUCUUACGUGGGGUUUCAUUCCAACUCGGCUACCCCGAAGAUUCUCAGGCUUUGUUGAUGAGGCUAUUUUUUGACGAGCUAAGAGAGGCUUUCACUCGCAUAACUCAAGGUUCCAAUACCGAGAUGGGCCGCGCUCUUGAACUUAUCCAGGACAUCCCGCUGAGGGAUCUCAAAGAUAUUGCAACUAUAAGCUGCCUCUGUUCAGCUAGAGCGCUAUCAAGUAGACUUCAGCCACAUGAUCCAGUUGUCCUAGAAGCCUGGGCAGACUACUACCAGCAUCAUGACAGAAGCAAGUUGAAGAAAGACGUGUUCCUUGUCCACUACAAGAGAGCUUACGAAGAAGCAAGGGCUCUUAAUGAAACUACAGGAAAUGGGUUGUAUGAUGAGAGAACACUACUUGUACUCAUCAACUAUAGCUAUGCCGCUCACUACAUCUGUCACGAAAAGACAUUGGCAGAGCAGCUUUCGUCAGAACUUUGGCAACAGACGGGUGCUUUGCUUGCUGGGAAAAAUCCACCACAGUGCUGGUCAGUAAAAGCCCAAGGAAUGGCCCAGGCAGCCAAGAUACAAGCCUUGCUUUGUUAUGCAGAGCUUGAAGAUAAGUUCAAAGGGUACAACGAUCUCAGAAAACAUAUACACAACUAUAAACUCGGUAACACACAAGCACGAGUGCAGUGUAUUGACGAGGUUUCCCAAGUCGGUGAAACAUGGCAUAUGAUAGUCUGUUUGCCUCCAUAUGAUUCGCAGGUCCAGCUUCAGUUCGGCAUACAACAAGUAGUUCAGAGGCUGGUCUUGAGUCCGGACUUAGGUUUUCAACUCUUGGCGAUAGAACUGCAAGACCUGUUCGCGACGCUGCUCAAGACCGAGACUACGACAAGGGCAAAGUUGAGGGUAGCCGCAACCAAGUUGUAUGCUAGCGAUGACCAAGACUGUCAAUUACUUGCCGCAGGACUUUACGAACAGCAUGCAUCCGUCAUAACCGCCUGUCGAAGAAAUGUAGAUAUUUUGCGCUACAUCUUCAGCAUCCUGUUCAAGAAAGCGAAAGUUCCACCAUUGACGGAGAUGGAAGGGUCUAAAUUGAAAAGGUACUUGGAUAAUCUCGGAUCAAGAAUGAGAGCCCAGGGGAAAGAAUGCCACCUGAAAGCAAAAACACUGAGAGAAUUGGUUGUUAAUUUUGAUAAAUUCGUGAAGACCUAA